AUUUCCCAGAAGGCUCUGCUGCCCCGGUGCGGAGGGAGUCCCACAGCCUGGACGGCUUGGACAGCACGCUGUCGCCGCGAUGGCGCUGGAAAUGCCGUGGUGCUCCGGGUAGCCGGGGAGGAUGCUCGGCGGGGAGGAUGCUCGGCGGGGCCGCUGCAGCCCUUCGCUGUGAUGCUUUGCGGGUGGCACCGGCCUCCGUGGGCCGUCCGUCCGGUGGCAUGCACAAGCCGGUGGCCUUGGUGCUGGCGCGGGGGGCCCGCAGCGCCCGGCUCGGCCAUGUGCUCCUCCAGCUCCGAUCGGUGCCUGCGGCCACCAAAGGGCCCCGGGACAGGUGGGAAGAGGAGAAGACAGGCGAUGGGAUAAAGUGGAAGCAGCUGGAGCACAAAGGCCCCUACUUCGCCCCCCUCUACGAGCCGCUGCCCGACGAUGUCCAGUUUUAUUACGACGGUAAACCUUUGAAGCUGAGCUUGGCCACUGAGGAAAUUGCCACCUUCUAUGCAAAAAUGUUGGAUCACGAGUACACAACCAAGGAGAUUUUCCAGAACAACUUCUUCAAUGACUGGAGGAAGGAAAUGACCCCAAAUGAGCGGAAGAUAAUAAAACACCUGGACAAGUGCGACUUCAAGGAGAUGCACAAGUACUUUGUGGACAAAAGUGAGGCACGGAAAGCUCUCUCAAAAGAGGAGAAGCAGAAGCUGAAAGAGGAAGCAGAUAAGAUCCAGGAGGAGUACGGGUACUGCAUCCUUGAUGGGCACCGAGAGAAAAUAGGCAACUUCAAAACCGAGCCGCCCGGACUGUUUCGUGGCCGUGGCGAUCACCCCAAAAUGGGCAUGCUUAAGAAAAGGAUCAUGCCCGAAGAUGUGGUCAUCAACUGCAGCAAGGACUCCAAGAUCCCUGAGCCACCGGCCGGCCACAAGUGGAAGGAGGUGCGCUUCGACAACACGGUCACCUGGCUGGCCUCGUGGACUGAAAACAUCCAGAACUCCUUGAAGUACAUCAUGCUGAACCCCAGCUCCAAGCUGAAGGGGGAGAAGGACUGGCAGAAGUAUGAGGUAGCCCGGCGCUUAAAAGAUGUUGUCCACAAAAUCCGUGCUCAGUACCAAGCCGACUGGAAGUCCAAGGAGAUGAAAAAGCGGCAAAGAGCAGUGGCCCUCUACUUCAUCGAUAAGUUGGCCCUACGAGCUGGCAAUGAGAAGGAGGAAGGGGAGACGGCGGACACGGUUGGCUGCUGCUCUCUGCGCGUUGAGCACAUCAAGCUGUACCCCAAGCUGGAUGGGCAGGAGCACGUGGUGGAAUUCGACUUCCUUGGGAAAGACUCGAUCCGCUACUACAACAAGGUGUCAGUGGAGAAGCCGGUCUUCAAGAACCUGCAGCUUUUCAUGAAGAACAAGGACCCAGGAGAUGACCUCUUUGACAGGCUCAAUACAUCAAUCUUGAACAGACAUCUCCAGGAUUUGAUGAAUGGUUUAACUGCCAAGGUGUUCAGGACCUACAAUGCCUCCAUCACCCUGCAGGAACAGCUCAAAGCACUCACUAACUCUGAAGACAACGUUGCGGGAAAGCUCCUCUCCUACAACCGAGCUAACCGAGCUGUGGCCAUCCUGUGCAACCAUCAGAGGUCCACGCCAAAAACCUUUGAGAAGUCAAUGCAAAUCCUCCAGACCAAGAUUGAUGCCAAGAAGCAGCAGCUGGAGGAAGCCCAGCUAGAGCUGAAGAAAGCUGAAGAUGAGCUCAAAGACAAGAAUGAUGCCAAAGCAGAGGCCAAUGUGCAAAAGAAGAAGAAAUUGUUGGAGAGACUAGAAGAGCAGCUGGCCAAGCUGGAAGUCCAGGCCACAGACAAGGAGGAGAACAAGCAGAUUGCUCUGGGCACGUCCAAGCUGAACUACCUGGACCCCAGGAUUAGCAUAGCCUGGUGCAAGAAGUUUGGCGUGCCUAUUGAGAAGAUCUACAACAAGACGCAGAGGGAGAAGUUUGCCUGGGCGAUCGACAUGGCCGAUGAAGACUUUGAAUUCUGAGAAAAUGCCUUUGCUGUUACCUCAUGCUCUUUUGGUGCUGUUGGAAGCUUUUUACAUGCUGCAGCAGUCGUUGCAGUGGUGGGGGGGAAAUGUCUAAUGGAACAAUUUGAUACAGGUGCUUUGUGCUGUUUUUGCAUAAAAAGAAAAAAACGCGGUUUCUAGUUGAAACAAGUACCACUGACUUGUGGCACUCGUCCUGACUGUGGUGACUUUAACAUGAACUUUUAACUCCUUUCUGGUUAGAACUGCCAAGUGCUUUGGAUCUCUUUUUCCUCCUCUGGAGUCUGGAAAGAAGCUUGAAUGUGAGUCUUAAUUGUGCAGAUAAACAAGAUAAAAUGGUCUAAUCCCAUCUCCUCUCUGUAUUGGAGAUGUGCUGCCCUUUUAAGACGCUCAGAAUUAGCCUGACAGGAAACAUUAGGCAAUGACAGCGCUAAAAGAGGCGACUGCAAUAUAAGGCCUGGGUCUGGAUGCACUGGGAGAAAUGAGAUUUCUCAGGGUUUUACGUUACAGGAUAUUUUGUGCCCUUUCACCUUCAGAAGGGGGGAGAAAAUUGCACAAUUUUUACAAACAAUCACAACGGAGACGUUUUCUUCUGGGGAGCCAAUGUCACUGCAAUAGGAGAAGCUCUGUCCGAGGAAGCUGAUUUCAUGGCAGAGGGCUGAAAAUCACCUUGGCGUGAGCAAAGUCUACUUUAAUCACCCCUGUGUGGUGUAGCAUUGGUCUGGGAGAGAAGGUCUCAUCUGGGUCCAUAUUUUCCCCCCUUAUUUCCAUGGGCUUUGGCUCAGCUCCUCGUAUCCAUAGACACCUGUAGAAAUAAAUUGUUCAGCCCUUGAUUUCACACUGGGGAAGGAUGAUGCUGGCUGUGGGGCUGGAACGGACUAUGGAGGGAUGCGGGAAUGCUGGGAAGCAGCUAGCAGUCACCAAAGUCACAGCAACAUGUGGGAUAACAGCUUCAUCACGGAGCGUGCAUCUCUCCCCAGGCCCAUUCCGCUGGGAAAUGCCUGGUGCUGGGCACAGAGCAAUAACAUAGGGAAAGACGGCCAAUUGCACAGCAAGCGCCAUCGUUUUAUGCUGCUUCUUAGUAGAAGCAGUGAGAUCUGUGUGUACCUGGCAGCAGUCAGCUUACGUGACAGUAAAUCCUUGGGCGUAAGUGAGCUGUUGCAUCGGCAGCAAAGCCUUCUUGCAUCUCAGGGCUGACACUCAGGUCGCUGCAGUCCGAAGCGUUGUUUCCAGUGUGUUUGUUUACAGCCACUUGUUCUUGUGUUCAAAUUAUUUAAAUUACUAUUAUUUCGUUUGAAGGUCAGGUACUUGAAAUGCAGUUCAUUAAAACUGGAAAUGAUUUUUCUGAAAA